AUGCGCAAGCUGCACAGCACACUGAAGAACUGGGCAGUACAAGAAAAAGGCAGCUGCAGAAACGCGUUGCCUACCCACCUGUUGGCCUGGUCACCAGCUGCCCGCCCGCUGCCCAGCUGCCUGUCCAACCACCAGUCGCCCUUCCUCUGCCCAGCCACCCGUCUGCUGCCAGCUGCCCACCCUCUAGCUGCCCUCCCGCCGCCAGCCACCUAUCCAUCACCCGCUGCCCAGCCACCCACCAGCCAUCCACUGGCCGCCCAGCCAGCCAUCCGCCGCCCACUGCCCAGCCAUCUGCCCACCCGCAAGCCGCCUAUCCACAGUCUGCUGCUUAGCCGCCUACUGCCCACUGUCCAGCCACUUGCCCAACCUCCAGCCGCCUUUCCACUGCCCAGCUGCCCAUCCUCUGCCAGCUGCCACCCCAUAGUUGCCCUCCUACUGCCAGCCGCCUAUCCAUCGCCCGCUGAGCAACCACCCGCCAUCCAUCCACCGGCCGCCCAGCUACCCAUCCAACACCCACUGCCCAGCCGCCUACCAGCCACCCACCCGCAGCCCAGCCACCCACCCACUGCCCAGCCACCUACCAGCCACCCACCCGCUGCCCAGCCACCCACCCACUGCCCAGCCGCCAGUCCGCUGCCCAGCCGCCAGUCCGCUGCCCAGCCGCCUACCAGCCCCCAGUCCGUUGCCCAGCCACCCACCCGCUGCCCAGCCACCUACCAGCCACCCACCCGCUGUCCAGCCACCCACCCGCUGCCCAGCCGCCAGUCCGCUGCCCAGCCGCCACUGCCUAUCCAUCGCCCGCUGCCCAACCACCCGCCAUCCAUCCACCGGCCACCCAGCUACCCAUCCAACACCCACUGCCCAGUCACCUGCCCACCCUCAAGCUGCCCAUCCACGGUCUGCUGCCUAGGCGCUCGCUGCCUCCCGUCUGCCAGCCGGCCACCCGCUGCCCAGCCACCAAUCCACUGCCCAGCCGACUACCAGCCGCCAGUCCGCUGCCCAGCCGCCUGCCAGCCAGCCAUCCGCUGCCCAGCCACCAGUCCGCUGCCCAGCCGCCUACCAGCCGCCAGUCCGCUGCCCAGCCGCCAGUUCGCUGCCCAGCCGUCUGCCAGCCAGCCAUCCGCUGCCCAGCUGCCUACCAGCCGCCUGCCAGCCACUCACCCGCUGCCCAGCCACCAGUCCGCUGCCCAGCCGUCUACCAGCCGCCCGUGA